CAUGCAUUUAUAAUUAUAUUUAAAGAAAAUCAUAAGUGGAUUCUUUGUCGCUUUUAGCCAAAGUUUUUAAGAGCCAUCGUGGAAGGUAGAGAGCCACUUGCGGCUCCGGAGCACCAGGUUCCAGACCCCUGUGCAAGUCGGUAAUCAACCAGAAGGGGCAGUGUUGCAGCUUAGUAUCGACUAAACAAAGAAGAAGAGCUUGUUUACAAUAGUGGUUCUUUCAGUAACUAUUUAGGUGAUGAUUGUGUUGCACAGCAGUCUGUACAGCGUCCCUUCUCUCACCAUGUUGUCCCUCCUGUUGUCGCGAGGUUUCUGUCAGGCUGUCACUGAAGUCAACCGAAGGUCUUACCCGACUGUAGCUUCAUUUAUCCGGACUUUCACGACCCCCAGCCCAACAUGCGGACACGACGACGAAGCGUCACUGGUGACCCCCUCACAGCUGAAGGCCAUGCUGUCAAACCGUAACGUUCAGCUUUUCGAUGUGAGGAAUCCGGAUGAAUACCAGGAUGGCCACAUUCCUCAAGCAGUCAACCUCCCAUUGGGUAUCGUGGAGGAGUCUCUGAAGCUGCCUCCUGAGAGCUUUAAGCAGAAGUUUGAAGUGAAGGCUCCUGGAAAAGAUGACGAUAAUAUAGUGUUUAACUGCAGAACUGGCGUUAGGAGUGGCGAGGCCCUGGGCAUUGCCCGUCAGAUGGGAUUUCACAGAGCAAGACACCUGAAAGGAGGGUACGCUGCAUGGGUCGAACAAGAAGGAAAUUGAAAUCAUACUAAAAUCUACUUCCUGUGAGAUUAUGUUUUUAAAAUGUAUAAAAUCAUGAAGCAGAAUGUCAUCAUUGAUCACUUUGGCAGCAGUGUUUAGGCUGUUGAAAGUUAGCUUUACAUGCUUCUUAUUUUAAAGUUACUGAAUUUUAUUAAAAUAUGCAUUAAACUUGAGUACAUACAGCACGUGUCCUUUUUAUUCAAAAUGAAAUCAUUGGAGGUGUGUUAAAUUUGAACAUGUUUCAUGUUAAUAAAAGGUUUUAAGUAAAAAA